AUGGGAGAAAAUUGGGAAAAUCUUCAACUCCCAAUUGCCAAUGUUGGUAGAAUAAUGAAGAAGAUUCUUCCCCAAAAGGCCAAGAUUUCAAAAGAAGCCAAAGAGACAAUGCAAGAAUGUGCAAGUGAGUUCAUUAGCUUUGUAGCAAGUGAAGCAGCAGAAAAAUGUCACAAAGAGAAUAGAAGAACUCUCAAUGGAGAUGAUAUUUGUUGGGCUUUGGGUUCUUGUGGCUUAGAUAAUUAUGCUGAGGUUUCUGCUAAGUAUUUGCUCAAGUUUAGAGAAGCUGAGAGAAUCAAAACUUCUAACAAAGCUAUUACUUUUCAACAUGAUCAUCAACAAGGAGAAGAUGAUGAUAAUGAUGAACACCAAUUAUCUUAA